GGCGGGGGCGCGCGGCAGAGGAGGACAGGAUUACGCGCCCACUCCCCGAGCGCCGUUCCCAAUCCCCAGCUUCAAGGCGGCCGGCUGAAGCUGCUGCUAAUUGGCCAAAGGAAAGCCUCGGGUGAUGAUGAAGAUCCCUCGGAUCUUGGUUUGUUUAACUUCUCUACAGGGGAAAAAGCAGAGGAGCAGCAUCGGUAUCUGGGCGGCGGACUCCCCUCUGCCUCUGCCGCCGCCGCCUCCUACCUCCGCUCCCGCUGCAGGCGUUUGACGCAGCGUGUCUUUUUUCGCCCUCCUGACGGCCCAGAUUGCUCAAAAUCGCUCCCGACUGAGUGGCAGGGCAGGCAAGAGAGACGCAGCGAGAGAGGAGCCCUUCCUUCCUUCGCCGCCUCGAGAAGCUCAAACGCCGGGGGAAGACUGGAAAGGUCCGAUUCUGGCAGAUCGCUGGCGCCGAGCCGCUUCCAGGCUCUCGGUCUUUGCUCCUGGGUGUCCUCCGUGGCGGCGGGGCGUCUCGCCUUCCUUUGCCCGGAGCCCUCAACAAGCAAAGUGGUGGCCGUGCCGGUUCUGAUUUGACCCACGCGCGCAGUGCAGGGCGCGCCAAUGGCAAACCGGAUGCCUCCCGUCCUGGGAUUCCUUGCCGUGAGUGGCUGCUUCCUGGCUAUGGCACAGGAACAUUUGUCUCAAUUUAAAAAAACAACAACACUCACACAAAGCAGAGAUUUCUAGCAACUUCACCAUGGCUAUAUUCCAGGUUGACUUGGAUUAUACCAUUACAAUGGAGGAUCAGAUUUAUCUUCUCCUGGAAGCCAAAGAAAAAUGUGAGCUAAAUAUAACAUCUCAGCUACAAGAAGGAGAAGGCAACUGCUUGCCAGAAUGGGAUGGCCUAAUCUGCUGGCCCCGGGGGUCAGCAGGCAAAAUGUUGGCUGUACCAUGCCCUCCUUAUAUAUACGACUUUAAUCAUAAAGGAAUGGCUUUCAGACACUGUAGCUCGAAUGGAUCGUGGGUCUUUGUGCAGGGCGUCAACCGAACCUGGUAUAAUUACUCAGAAUGCCUGCACUUUCUGCAAGCAGAAAUCAGCCCGGGAAAGAUGGCAUUUUUUGAACGCCUCUAUAUUAUGUACACAGUUGGAUACUCCAUUUCCUUCAGCUCUCUGGCAGUGGCUAUUUUCAUCAUUGGCUACUUCAGGAGACUCCACUGCACCCGAAAUUACAUACAUCUGCAUCUGUUUGUCUCUUUCAUGCUCAGAGCUACCAGCAUCUUUAUCAAAGACAAAGUAGUUUAUACUCACAUUGGAGUGAAAGAGCUUGAUUCGCUGGUGAUGGGUGACUUACGAAAUAUUGUAGUGGCUCCAGUCACGGACAAGUCCCAGUACGUGGGAUGCAAGAUUACUGUGGUGAUGUUUAUUUACUUCUUGGCGACCAACUACUACUGGAUCCUGGUUGAAGGCCUCUAUCUACACAGCUUAAUAUUUGUGGCUUUCUUUUCGGAUACCAAGUACCUGUGGGGUUUUAUCUUAAUAGGCUGGGGAUUUCCAGCUAUCUUUGUAGUGGCCUGGGCAGUGGUCAGAGUGACCGUAGCAGAUGCAAGAUGUUGGGAGCUCAGUGCUGGAGACAUCAAAUGGAUUUACCAAGCUCCAAUUUUAGCAGCUAUUGGGUUAAACUUUGUUCUGUUCCUGAAUACUGUACGGGUUCUGGCAACAAAAAUCUGGGAGACAAAUGCUGUUGGCUAUGAUACACGGAAGCAAUACAGAAAACUAGCAAAAUCCACCUUGGUUCUGAUCUUUGUCUUUGGAGUCCAUUACAUUGUCUUUGUAUGCCUGCCUCACACAUUCACUGGGUUGGGCUGGGAGAUCCGAAUGCACUGUGAGCUUUUCUUCAACUCAUUCCAGGGUUUCUUUGUCUCCAUCAUCUAUUGUUACUGCAAUGGCGAGGUGCAGACUGAAAUCAAGAAGACAUGGGCCAGAUGGAACCUAGUGAUGGACUGGGAAAGGAGACCUCCUUGUGGGAGUUACCGCUAUGGCUCUGUCCUCACUAAUGUGACCCACAGCACCAGCAGCCAGUCUCAGAUGGUAGCCAGUUCCCGCAUGCUCACGAUUUCCAGCAGGGCCUGCAAAAAUGUCACAAGGCAGAAUGACACCUAUAUAAACUUGCCUGGUUAUGUGAGGAGCAAGUCUGAACAGGACUGCAUACCCCACUGGGUUCAUGAGGAAGUCGACGAAGGCGAAGAAGAGAAACUGGAUGGCAUUUCUCUCAAAGGGUCCUUUCGGUUUCAGGACAAUCACACGGGUCCACGUAAGGAGGAGGAAACAUCCUUAUGCAUGGUACAAGGUACUUCAGAGAACGUUCAUCACCAACUUCAAGUCUAUCCUGGCUGCCAAAAGAAGACAGCCUAAUACAACCAGAAGAAGCAACAGUGGCAAGAACAGAGCAUUAUGUUCCAGGAUCCCUCAGUAAUGUGUGACUCAGCCUUGAAUGACCCUUUUUGGGGGAGAGUAGAAGAUUCCAUGGUGCCAAUAAUGUGUGUCUACCAUUACUCACACAAGGAGCCUUGAACAGGCAACUAUUGAAAGGACUUUUGUUGUAAAAUAUAGUUAAGUGAUUUUUUUUUUUAAAGCAAAGCACAAAUAUUGGGGGGUGGGGACAUGGGCUAGCAUUUUUCAAGAGCAUCAUGUAGAACAUUUGGAAGCAUGAGCCACCAUCUAUAUAUAUAUAUAUAUUCUGUGUAUUGCUAUUGAAAAAAAUAAGGAUAUGCCUGAGAGCUGAAUGAGAAGUUUGUCAGUAGACCAUGUCUGGGAAUCCAAGUGGCUACCAAAGAGGUAAAAAUGGGGGAGGGUGUGCUUUAGAAAAGAAAGCAGCAUGUGUGGGGGGAGGUGCUUAGCCCUUUCCCUGCCACUUUCCCCUUUCCCUGCCACUUCUCUCUUUCACCCUCCCCCUGACACUUUUCUCCUAGCCAGGUUUUUCAGAGGAAGGAGUACAGGGCAGAUGCAGUGCAGGGAAAGAGUUAAGCACCCCUCUGCCACCUGCCACUUCUGGAUCUGGAUCUGUGAAUAAACACUUCACCCUGGCUGAAAUAAUGGGAUUUUAAAAGUGCUUGACUUUGGCUGGAUUGUGUCGCUAAACAAUUUUGAUGUUGCUAAACAAUUUUAUUCCCUGCUGGGUGUCUGAAGUUUGUGUGUGUGUGCGUCCACGCAUGCAUGCCUAUAAUAUGCUGUUGUCUGCAUUUUCCAUGAGAGAGAUUUAUUUUAUGCUUGACGAAAUAUAUGAAGAUGAAUGUCAAUUGAUGCUGGCAGCCAUAUUGCUGUUGAUAAGCGUAUUUAAAUGAUUAAUGCUUGUGAAGUGACAUGUGAAAUACAUUAAAUAUUUUUUGGUU